UAAAGAAAUCAGAUUUAGGUUGAAAUUUUAAAUAAAUUAAAACAAAUUUAAAUAUUGUAGUACAAACAACAUAAUAUAAAUAAUAAUAAUAACAUAAUACAAACAUAACCUCUCGUAUAGCCAUUGAUAGUGCAUUUAUUUACUUGGGAGUUGGGAUACUUUAUUCUUUUUAAUUACUUUAGUAUUUUAUAAAUUUUAAAAUGGAAAUAGAUGAAAACAGAGGCGGAGAAGAACCCCAGAAAAAAGUUGAAUCCUUCGCUGAAAAAGCUGCAGAAUGUGUUGAUGAAAAUGGUAUUAAAUAUAUUGAAUAUGAAGAAACUCCUGUAGACAUCGAAGAAGAUGCUGAGGAAUUGGAUUUAAAUCACCAACAAAUUGAUAAAAUUGAAAAUUUUGAACGCAUGCAUAGUUUAAAAUCAUUAUGUUUGCGCUGGAAUCGAAUUAAGAUAAUUGAAAACCUUCAAAUGCUUGUUACACUUAAUGAACUUGAUUUAUAUGAUAAUCAGAUUACAAAAAUUGAAAAUCUAUCUUGUCUUACUAAUUUGAAAGUUUUAGAUUUAUCAUUCAAUCGUAUAAGGGAUAUUGAAGGCCUUGAAGACUUAAACAAUUUAGAAAAGUUGUACUUAACAAGUAACCGAAUAUCUAAAAUCACCAAUAUAAAUCAUUUAUAUAAUCUUCAAAUGUUAGAGUUGGGUGAUAACAAAAUUAAGACAAUUGAAAACAUUGAUAAACUUACUGGUUUAAAAGAAUUGUAUUUUGGUAAAAACAAAAUUGAUAAAAUACAAAACUUGAAUUCUUUAAAAAAUUUGAAAAUUAUAAGUUUGCAAAAUAAUAAUUUGACUAAAAUUGAAGAAAUCGAUCAGUUGGAAGCACUCGAUGAAUUAUAUUUGUCAGAAAAUGGAAUUACUGUUAUCGAAAACCUAGAAAAUAACAAAAGUCUUGGCACACUUGAUUUGUCAAUGAAUAAGAUUGUUACUAUUGAAAACCUUUCUCAUUUGGAAAAUUUGAAAGAAUUUUGGCUCAAUGACAAUCAAAUAAACAAUUGGAGUUGUAUUGAAGUUUUGGGACAAUUAAAAAAAUUGGAGACUGUUUAUUUAGAACAUAACCCAAUUAGUAAGGAUAGCGCAUACAGAAGAAAAAUAAAGUUAAUUAUUCCAUGGCUUAUACAAAUUGAUGCUACAUUAGCUAAAUAAGCAUACUGUCUGUUUUUAAUAAUGUAUUAUAAUUUAGCGUAAACAAAUAAUAAUAAUAAAGUAUAGUUAUAAAUUAAUUUUUUUAAUUGAUAAUAUUAGUUAAUUUUUAAUUUAUGAAUUUUGUAAUAAACAAUAAAAAGGAGUUUUCUGUAUUAUGCA